AUGAGAAGCUACAGGUGGAGGACAGCCCUUGCCUUGGAUACAGGUGGAUCCCCUAGUAGCAAUGGUCAAGAGAACCUAGGGGAUAAUGCAGGGCUUGGCAGGACUAGAUUGGGCACUAUUGUACGAGCCGCUGCUGCACAGCUUCUUGAAAAGUUAAAUGCUGCUCGGAAGAACUUUCCGAUGAAAAUAUUCCUCCUCCUCUUGGGUUUCUACACAGCCAAUGCUUUAGCAACAAUCCUAGGGCAGACCGGUGACUGGGAUGUCCUGGUGGCUGGCGUGGUGGUGGCUGUGAUCGAGGGAAUUGGCAUGCUCAUGUAUAGAAAACCAUUCACUACGCCCGUAGGGAGGUUGCAGAACUUAAUUGUGAUGGUGAACUACUGGAAAGCUGGUGUAUGCUUGGGUCUCUUUGUUGAUGCCUUCAAGCUAGGAAGUUAG